AUGUCCGUUGACAAGCGGGCAGAAGGUAGCGUCUAUCUAUACCAGCCAAGCCAUGUGUUGCCCAUCAUCUUUUCCAUCCUGGUUGGCCUCUCAUGGCUGGGACACAUCUACCAGAACUUUCGUUACAAGGCUUGGCGGAUCACGUUCUUCAUGGUCUGGGGUGGGAGUGUUUUUACCGCAGGCUGGGUCUGCCGCGCUAUCAGUAGCUUUCAGACCACGAGCUCCAGCCUAUACAUGGCCCAGACCAUCCUUCUCUACGCCGGCCCUCCAAUAUACUCUGCUGCAGAGUACAGCGUCCUUGGCCGACUGAUGUACCACCUGCCGAUGUACGCACCUUUCGACCCUGGUCAUGUCACGCUGUUUUUCAUAUAUUUGGGAGCGGCGGUCGAGGCGUUGGCUGCAGCUGGCGCUGCAUACAUUGGUGCCAACCGCCACACCACGGAUAUAUCCAUAUUCAUUACCGGCGGAAAGCUCCUCAGCGCAUCACUUCUGCUGCAAGCUGUGCUCGAACUCUUCUUCAUCAUCAUGGUCGCAUAUCUACAUCGACGGGCCAGCAGGGAUGGAUUGGCUACUCGAAACGUUCGAACGCUUUGCAUCAUGCUUUAUGGAACUUCGACGUUUGUACUUCUGCGAUGUACUGCAAGAGCCAUCGAGUCCUUUGGCACCCAGACUGUCACGCACUGCACGCCGCUUUGCCGAAUACUGUUGUUUCACGAAUGGUUUCUUUACGUCUUCGAGGCUGCUCCCAUGGUCAUCUACACUUAUUGGAUCAACUUCAUCCACCCGGGUCGAUUGCUACCCAAGAACAAGAAGUGCUAUCUUGAUCCAGACGGCACUACUGAGCGGCUUGGGCCUGGCUGGAUAGACAAGCGAGCUCGAGCAUCAAGGUGGACUGACCUACUCGAUAUCCGUGGUUUGAUGAACAAUAAGCGUACUCGAGAUGCAUUCUGGUUGCGCCCGGACGAGUGGCCGGUGGUACCGGAGUCUAGUUUGCCCGAUAUCCGGAAGUCGAGCAAGAGUGUCCAGGAUGGUCGAGGCUAG